AGCGUCGAUUUCUGCGCAUGCGCUGUUUGUCGCUGCCGUGACUAGAAACUUUUUUUAUCCGUCUUUAUUUUUUUGUAAGCGUUAUCAGUAGAUAAUGUCGCAUGCCGAUGCGGACAGACUUUUCCUGAAGCGUAACGGGUGACAGGGGAGACCUAGAAGGACGGGACAUGGCCGUAGAAGCGGCUCGUCAUCACCGAGCUGGCGAGCCGCGGGUCUGGCCUCAAUUUUUACCGAAGCUCAACGACGGACUUUCCGCCAUCGGACGCCGCCGACUAACCGAGCAAAGCUACCUGACACCAGCGAGGCUCCACUGGGGGAGGCUCUCUGAGAUGAGCCCCUGGCUGUAGAGGACACUUCCCGUACUUGGAUUCCCUUUAUCGGUCACCACCACCACCACCACCACCAUGGCGGACCAAAACCAUUACUGGACGGUGCUACCGAGCUACAAAACAAGUUUUGUUACUGGGGCCAUGAUGAAAAGAACCAAAGGUGCCCGUAAUAACAAGAGAAGAAGUUUGGCGGUCGGGACCCCUUCACCCACACUCUCACGACCGCUUUCACCUCUCCCGCUUGCCACAGCUAGCAGCAGCCCUUCAGAAAGCCCCAGAAAUGUGUCUGCAAGCAGCUCUGCUAACUUCCAGUUUGCCCGCAGCCAUCUGGCCCGUACUGAAAGCAGAGGAGAUGGCCGAAGAUGGUCUGUGGCAUCUGUCCCUUCCUCUGGAUACUGUACCAAUGCACCCAGUUCAUCAGUAUCUUCAUCCUCUUCCCAGGAGCUCUUGCAUCAGCUGCCUCUCCAGCCUACUCAAGAUGAUCUCCACUUCCUGUUUAAACAUUUCCGGAGCACGGAAAGUGUGGCGGAUGAAGAAGGACCACACGCUUCACCGCCUGUCAGGCUGCGCUCGCGCAGUCUCAGCCCUGGACGAACCUGUGGAACAUUUGACAAUGAAAUUGUCAUGAUGAAUCAUGUCUAUAAAGAACGCUUUCCCAAGGCAACGGCUCAGAUGGAAGGACGACUUCUGGACAUUAUCGAAGAGUGUUCGCCUGGAACUACUCUUCCUCUGGCCGAUGGUGUCCUUGGGUUCAUCCAGCACCAGCUGGUGGAACUGGUCCGAGACUGCCUGGACAAGUCCCAGAAAGGCUUGGUCACUUCUCGGUACUUUGUGGAGCUGCAGGAGAAGCUGGAGAAGCUUCUGCAUGAGGCAUAUGAGCGUUCAGAGAGUGAGGAAGUGACGACCAUUACAAAACUGGUGAAGAAGAUCCUCAUCAUCAUCUCUAGACCUGCCAGGCUCUUGGAAUGUCUGGAGUUUGAUCCCGAGGAGUUCUACCAGCGUUUGGAGACUGUUGAAGGUCAGGCCAAGGUCAGCCAGGGGAUCAAGACUGAUAUUCCCAGAUACAUCAUCAGCCAGCUUGGCCUCACCAGGGAUCCUCUUGAAGAAAUGGUCCAACUGGAACAAACAAGCCCAAGUCACAGAUCCGCCAGUAGAGAGUCUGAUGAGUCUGGCGAGGCAACACCAACACAGAGCCGUGCAGUUUGCACUCCCCCGCGUAGGAAACCACUGGAGAGUGACUUUGAAACGCUCAAGUUAAUUAGCAAUGGUGCCUAUGGAGCUGUAUUUCUAGUCCGUCACAGGGAAACCCGACAACGCUUUGCCAUGAAAAAGAUCAACCGGCAGAACCUGAUUUUGAGAAACCAGAUCCAGCAGGUGUUUGUGGAACGAGACAUCCUUACCUUUGCUGAAAACCCAUUCGUGGUUUCCAUGUUUUGCUCUUUUGAAACACGACGGCACCUCUGCAUGGUCAUGGAGUAUGUAGAAGGUGGGGAUUGUGCCAAUCUAUUGAAGAACAUUGGUCCUUUGCCUGUGGACAUGGCACGCAUGUAUUUUGCAGAGACCGUCCUGGCUUUAGAGUAUCUUCACAACUAUGGCAUUGUACACAGAGACCUCAAACCUGACAAUUUGUUAAUCACCUCCAUGGGCCACAUAAAGCUUACAGACUUUGGACUGUCAAAGAUUGGCCUUAUGAACAUGACAACCAAUUUGUAUGAAGGUCACAUUGAGAAGGAUACGAGAGAGUUCAUUGACAAGCAGGUGUGUGGUACCCCAGAGUACAUUGCUCCAGAGGUGAUCCUGCGGCAGGGCUAUGGGAAGCCUGUGGACUGGUGGGCUAUGGGCAUUAUCCUGUAUGAGUUCCUUGUGGGCUGCGUGCCUUUCUUUGGAGAUACACCCGAACAGCUCUUUGGUCAGGUGGUCAAUGAUGACAUCAUCUGGCCUGAGGGGGAAGAUGCUCUGCCUGCUGAUGCCCAAGACCUUAUCACCAGACUACUUCGUCAGAGUCCGCUUGAGCGCCUGGGAACUGGUGGAACUACUGAGGUGAAGGUGCACAUGUUCUUCUUGGGACUAGACUGGAAUGGCCUCCUGAGGCAAAAAGCGGAGUUCAUACCACAAUUGGAGACUGAUGAGGACACCAGUUAUUUUGACUCCCGAUCCGAGCGCUACGCUCACCUAGGUUCUGACGACGACGAUGAAACUAACGACGAUGAAUCCUCUCUUGAACUGCGACAGUUCUCCUCUGUGGCCCAUCGCUUCAGCAAGGUGUACAGCAGCUCAGAGCACCUGUCCACCUCUACACCAUCCAACCAGAGCUUGUCGUCUUCAGAGCGGAGCCAUAGCGAAGAGAAGGAGGACCGAUGGGAGGGGAGAGGUGCCAUUUCCCCUGGUGACGGACACAAGCACCUGGCUAGCGGAGACAGACCCGAUGGACUCAGGGGGAGUUUGCGCCCUCGUGCUUCGUCCAGUUCCUCCCAGUCUGAGCGCAGUGCAAGCCCGCUAGUAUUAAACAGUACUCAAAGCCUUGACAUGAUGCCUCGCUUUGCCAUCUCUGCCGAGGAGGAGGAUGGCCUGGUCUCCAAUCUGCGGCGCAUUCGUCUGCGCAGCAAUAGCACAGGCACCAGACCGUCAUUCCGCAGAGGUGCGUCUAGACGCAUCGCCCACCAACUGGAGACCCCAGAAAAAGCCAGGGCUCCAGCUGGAAAAGUCCCCAAGUCUGCCUCAGUCUCUGGACUUUCCCUUGUUAUUACACCAGAUGACUCAGCGGGUCCUCCUUCCAGCCCUAAGUCGUCUUUAUCUCUGUCAUCCAACCCGUCGUCCAGAGACUCAUCCCCCAGUCGGGAUCUUUCCAUCAACAUCAGCUGUCUCAGGCCUCCAGUGGUGAUCCACAGCUCUGGGAAGAGGUUUGGCUUCGCUUUGCGAGCAAUCAGAGUCUAUAUGGGAGACAGCGAUGUCUACACAGUUCACCACAUGGUCUGGUGUGUGGAGGAGGGCAGCACAGCAGACGAGGCAGGUUUGAGAGCUGGUGAUCUCAUCACACAUGUCAACGGGGAAUCUGUACAGGGUCUUGUCCACACUGAGGUGGUAGAGCUUCUGCUUAAGAGUGGCAACAAGGUGACCCUGCAAACCACUGCUUUGGAAAACACUUCUAUCAAAGUGGGCCCUGCCAGAAAGACGAGCUACAAGGCUAAGAUGGCCAGACGCAGCAAAAGAAGCAAAAGGAGAGAUGUGCAGGACAGCCGCCGGCGUAACAUCUUGAAGAAGCUGUCCAAACAUACGCCCCCUCCACCUAUGCAGAGCAGUCGCAGCUUCUCUUCCGGAUUCCACCAGUCAUCCAGCGACAGCCUCUCUGGCUCUCCCACCCAGUCUCUCUCCCCCGGUCCGUCCACUCCCUGCCGCUCCCCUGGUCCUGAACACUCUGGAGAUUCAAGUUCAUCACCCUGCUCCAGUUCCCCUAACUCACCAGUACCUCAGGCUCGUCCCAGCUCCCUUCACGUCCUGGGCCGCUACACCAAGGCCGGUCGCUGCAAGUCCACCAGCAGUAUCCCGCCUUCCCCACUGGCCUGCAUCCCACCUCCCCAGCCUCUAUCCCCUCAGUGCUCUCCCUCCUGCCUUCCCAGCCACCCAAAGUCAUUGCAGGGUUUUCAUGGUAAAACGCUGUCCCCUCCCACUAUUGCUCGCCAUUCCGUGCGCCCCCGCAGUGCUGAGCCGCCACGUUCGCCGCUCCUCAAGAGAGUCCAGUCGGCAGAGAAGCUGACUGGUGACAAAACAACAGGCGGGUAUCAUUGCGAGAGGAAAGCCUACAGCACCCGCCGCCAUACCAUGGAUGUGCCUCUGUCUGAAAGCGAAGACGCGGAGGAGGAGGGCGCCACUGGGUUUGUUUGCGUGGGCGAACAUGGCCGCCAAGGGCUGUAUGUCGGGAGCCAAAGAGGCCACCAAGACAUUAUUGGAGGAGGCAACGAGCACCACCGCUCCGCUGCCGCACCACAACACCGGGGUGGUAACCACCACUCCGCAGAGGUGGUGGUGAUGAGGAAGUUGGCUUUGUCCGAGCGCCGGGACUCCUUCAAGAAGCAGGAGGCGGUGCAGGAAGUGAGUUUUGACGAUUUGGACGAGAGGGAAGCCAUGCUUCCCGGCACUCCGUCCAAGACGUUCAAGGCGUCCUGGGUCAACUCUGCUCAGUCAGACUCCAAACUGAAGGUGGGAGGAACAGCAACACAGGAUAAGGCAACACAGCAGAAAGCCAAAUCUAAAGAUAAAGAACGGUUUUAGAUUCAGCCCACCUCACAACAGGUCAAGAUUGGGAGUGUCUGACUUGCCACCAUACACUACUCACAAAAAGUUAGUUUUUGGGCUUUCGAGCGAAGUUUCAGGAUGAUCCUAAAAUGCACUGUAACCUUUAGAGGUGACUUCAAUUUGACCUCUAAACCUUCGAAUGUGUGUGUCCAAUUGUACUAUAUAUAUAUAUAUAUA